AACAUACUUGUGCACGUACACCUAUAGGCAUGCUGACAGCCUGACUCCCUUGUUUCCUUAGCACAAAUCGAAGCUCGGCAAAUGGCCAAAAUACAGCAGCAGUGCUACUGUGGAUCCAUUUAUUCUUCAUCUGCUCCUUGUUAACAUUAGUUGCAGUGCAGACGAGACGGACUGUUGGAAAACAAUAUCACCAAUACUUCAGCCUGGGUGUGGAUUCGAGGGUCACAAGUCUGGCCGUUUGCCUUGAGCGAUUGCGUUGAGUCAAUCACAGAUCAGGAUGAAAUUUGACGAGGUCUUGGAGAUCCUAGGCGGGUUCGGAAGGUACCAGUGGUACGCCUUUUUCUUCCUGAACCUCGUCAACUACUUGGGGGCGUUCACCACCCUGCAGCACGCAUUCUACGCCGGCGAGAGCGACCACUGGUGCAAGACGUUCAGCCCUAACUGCACCGCGUUUGGGCUGAACACGCCGGAGGAGUGCACGGAGGCCGUGAAGCGAGUCAGCAUUCCGCCCGCCGAAAACUACCCAGAGAAAGACCCGUACUACUACGACAACUGCCGCCAGUGGGACCUGCCCGAGGAGCUGGAAUUCAACCCUUACAUCAACCGCACCGACUACAAUGCCUCCAAAGUGGCCUGCAAAAACGGAUGGGAAUUCAACACAAGCCAGUUUGAAACGACCAUUAUCAUGGACUGGAACCUUGUUUGUGAGGAUGGGGGCGCGACAAACAUCAUGACGUCAGUCUUCUUCGGCGGCUUCAUGGCCGGCUCUUUCCUUUUUGGUGUCAUAUCUGAUUGGUGGGGGCGUAAAAGAGCGCUGAUGCUGGCAGUGGUGGUGUGGUUUCUAGGCGUCCUGGCCACGCCCUUCACAAGCGCCACCUGGCAUUACUACAUUGUGCGAUUUAUCACUGGAACGGGGCAGCUGGGUCGCUGGAUCCCUGCAUACGUUCUGGUAAAUGAGUUUGUAUCUGCCAAAUGGCGCAUUGUGGCCGGGGUUUUCAUAGGAGUUUCGUACUCAUUGGGAUAUAUGACAGUCGCCCUCGUUGCCAUGGGGAUAAGACAGUGGCGAGUACUGGCGUUCAUACCCAUCAUUCCAGUUUUCCUCAGCGUGUUCUUGGUGCUAGGUCUGUCCGAGUCCGUCCGAUGGCUCUUGUCCAAGGGCCGAGUGCAGGAGGCCGAGGAGGUCAUCAGGAAGGUGGGCAAGUGGAACAAAAAGACCCUGCCGGAGAAGAUCUUUGACGAGAAGGAGAUCGAAAACUAUAAGGAAUCGUCAAAAGGACACUUGCCCUCGUUCAUUGAUCUGUACCGAACCCCCAACCUGUGUUUCAGAACCCUCAUCUUGCAGUUCAACUGGAUGACGAAUAGCAUGGUGUACUACGGCCUGGCCUUCAGCACGCAGUCCUUGGGCUUCGACCAGUACUGGACCUUCUUCCUCUUCGGGGCAGUCGAGAUCCCCGCCCUGAUCUACGCCACCGUCGGUGUGCGAGUCUUCGGCCGCAAGAUGAACAUGAUCAUCCUGGAGCUGAUAGGGGGCGCCGCCUGCCUAGCCACGAUCUUCAUAGAGAAUGCAGUUGCGAGAACGGUUGUAGCCAUGGUGGGGAAAUUCUGUAUAACGGCCACAUUCAACAUCGUCUAUCUCUGGACAGGUGAGCUCUGCCCUACACCAGUCCGGACCGUUGCGAUAGGGCUGUGCUCCGUGACCGCCCGGGUGGGCAGCAUCGUUGCCCCGCUCAUCCUGAACUUGGCCAAGAACGAGAACAUCACCGACGACCUUCACCUGAUCGUCUUCGGCACAGUGGCGUUGACAGCGGGCCUGCUCCUCAUCCCACUGCCGGAAACCAAAGGCGAGAAGCUCCCGGAGACUAUGAGAGAUGGGGAGGAGUUUGGCAAGUUUAACUUUAUGAAGAAAUGGGCAUGGGGUCGCAACCGCUAUCAUGACACUGAUUCGUUAGUCGAGGAGGUAGACAUGGACGUGAACCGGCAAGACGUUCUUAACCCUGCCUUCGUACCUGACACUGAUGACUACGCUUGCAUCGCCCAACCUCCCCCACCUUACGAGACCGUGAACGAGAAAUCCUGCCAAUUCCCGGAGAAACCCAGGCAGAAGAAAGCCGAGGGGGAGAACGGCUCCAUGCCCGGGCCAGGGAUAUCAGGCAACGCCGCUUUGGAAGGAUCGUCACCGGAGACGCCAGGCAGAAUGGACGAUUCGAUAGAGGACCCGAGGGAAAUUGACAAGGGAUCACUGCCUGAGGAAGAACCCGUGCUGAUCGUGGUCGACAAACCAGUUGAAGAAGAGGGUGAUAAUGGGGCUGGGACUGAUUGUGAUGACGGUAACAAUUCUACCAAAAGUGGUAAUGAUAUUUCGGGCCACGAUAGCAAUGAUGGUGAUAAAAUUAGUAGCAGUGGUGACGGUAGUUCAAGUGGUGGAAGUGUUGACAAGGCUUGUGACAGAAGUGAAAAGGCUGAUGAUGGAGGUAAAGGGGCUUCUGAUCGUGGCAAUGAUGAUGGUAGUGAUGAGGCUAUUGACGAAGGUGAUCAAACUGAAGGGAGCAAAGAUCGCUCACACGGCGGUGAGAAGGUAAACACCAAUGGUGAUAAAAACAGCAGUGACGGUGGUGAGAUGGGUCAUGAUGGUGACGGUGUUAAGGCUCGUGAUGAAGGUGAUAAUGUGGAAAGCAAAGGUUACUAAGACAGUAGUGAGAGGGUAGACUCGAGUGAGAAAGAUAAUGAUGACGGUGAUAAGGCUACCAACUCUCUUAGUGAUUCAGAUAACCAUUAAUUAAUGUGAUGUUUGAGAUACAGUUAGUAAAGGGUUAGUAAAAAAUCUACUACAUUUCUCUACUUACCAAAUUACAUUAAACAAGAAAGAUCAAGCAAAACCCUCUGAGCAGCCACGCCCACAAAGUAAGACUUCUCAGUCGGGCAAGGCUUGAUCCCAUAAAUGCCUUUAAGAAAAAUUCCAGUUUUUUGUUCCUUUGGACCACAAGUGGUUAAACAGUGAGUUCUGACGUUUGAAUUGCCUGGGGUAUUAGAUGCACAGUGAAAGAGUUGCAUUGUGGUGGGAUGAAGGAUGGUGAGACCUGAGGUUUUUUGGGGGAGGUGAAAGGUACUAGAAGGUAUACAAGAAAAUAAUAGUUCAGUAGCGAUGCUUGAGGAUGUGAUAUUAUUGCCCGGGAAAGUAUUAUUACAUUGUUUAUUUAAGGCUUCUGUGCUGUUUAAAAAGAAGUAUACAAAGUAAUUUAUUAAAGUAAAGGUCACUGGAUAAAUUGAAUUCUAAGUCACUGCGCACCUUUGUUCCGAGGCAUAAUAACGAAUGACGAAACACCUAUUUCGCCCGAAUGGAUUAGUAUUUCGCCCAGGUGGAGUACUUUUUUAACGGGGUAUACUAUCCUUUAAACAAUAAUUAUAUUACUGCCAUGCAUAUUCACGUAAGGCUUCUUAUAUAUAUUAUAUGCACCUAAAACUAUCCAGUCAUUUGUCACGUCAAUAAUAUACAGACUGAGACAGAGAAAUAUCAUUCUUAGCUCCUUUUGGAUAUGCCAAAUGUUAUAUAAGUGUCUUUAUUUUUUCAUAAUCAGCCGUAUUAAUGUCUUGAGAAAGUAUUGUACAUGAAAAUGUAAUAUUCGACAAACUGAGGAAAUUUAAGGUUCAUUUAACUGUGAAUCUGGGUUAUUCAUGGAGAGUAAUUCAUUAAAAAUCCUGUAAUCUAUUGUUUGUGAAGGCAUAGUUUAGAUUUAAGUUAUCAAGCAAUUAUUUCAGUCACCAACGUCGUAGAUUUUGCUUUUUGUGCUGAAUAAGAUAUCAUAUAUUGUGUCAUGUAACACCGAUGGGCAUUGAAAUACUUACCAGUGGCAGUUUUUCUUGACUUUUUCUGUCACACGAGCUCUGUAUUAUUUUCCUGGCCAAUUUCGGAAAAUCCGCUGUUUAAGUUGUAAACUAAAACUUCAAUUUGGAGUGGAUCUGAAAACAACUCACAACCUAGUUUCAUUUUCGCAAUAAUACAAGCAUUCGUUUUGCAUCCUUCAAAUAAAUAAAUAAAUGUGUAUUACGUUUCAUUUAAGAGGUUA